AUGGACUUGCAAGAUGAUCCACGUGUUGAGCGACUGCCGGUGAAAGCGACAAUCGAGAAUCCAUUGACACGCUACCUCAAAUGGAUAUAUGGAGAAGAUCAGAUCCGAAGAAUGGAAAACACUGUAAAGAACAUCCUUGUGAAAUAUGAAGGUAGAGAAAAGCUAUUCGAAAAUGUUCUACUAAAUGAAGAAGACGAAAAAAAGCCGCUUCUCGAUGAAUGCUUGAAUGCUUUUUGUGAAGUUAGGGGUGUUUUGCUGUUGCACUAUCCAGCGAUAUAA